AUGGCAACUGUUCCUUUGGCAUCAGCUGUUCUAAGAAGGCUUGAGGGCAAGGUGGCUCUGAUCACCGGUGGUGCGGGCGGCAUCGGAGAAGCCACUGCAAGACUUUUCCAUCAAAACGGAGCUAAAGUCGUAAUAGCUGACAUCCAAGACGACAAAGGUCACUCCAUUUGCCAAGAGUUACACAAAUCAUCAGCUUCCUAUGUUCACUGCGACGUCACAAAGGAAAAAGACAUCGAAACCGCCGUGAACACGACGGUUUCCAAUUAUGGUAAACUCGACAUCAUGUUAAACAACGCUGGCAUAACCGGUGCGAAUAAUACCAACAUACUUGAAUACACGUUAUCUGAAUUUCAACAAGUGAUUAACGUGAACUUGGUUGGUAUUUUUCUUGGAACAAAACACGCUUCGAGAGUAAUGAUCCCUGCUAGAAGAGGUAGCAUAAUUAACACAGCUAGUAUUUGUGGAAACAUAGGUGGUGUAACGAAUCAUGCUUACACAAGUUCAAAGCACGCCGUGGUGGGGCUGACGAGAAACACAGCGGUCGAGCUUGGACCGUUCGGUAUUCGGGUGAAUUGUGUGUCACCAUAUAUUGUUCUCACUCCGAUGGCUAAGAAAUACUUGAAGGUAGAUGAUGAUGGGAUUCUAGGGGUUUAUUCAAACCUAAAGGGUACUAAUCUUAUGCCAAAUGAUGUCGCUGAAGCUAAUAUGUACUUGGGAAGUGAUGAAUCUAAGUAUGUUAGUGGUCACAAUCUUGUUGUUGAUGGAGGAUUUACAGUUGUAAACAAUGGAUUUUGUGUCUUUGGACAAUCUGUUUGA